GGCGACCCCUCCUCCUCCUCUGCUUCCUACCUCUCCUUCCUCCUUCCUCCUCGGUGGCGAGUGGGAGCUGCAGCCGGAGCCAGGGCGUCACUCACGGCGGCACCGAGCCUCCUUCCACCUCCCCCGCCGAGCUGCCCUCAUUGCAUCGCCGCCGGGCUGGGGAGGAGACACAAGAGCAGGAGGAGGAGGGACACCGUGUCCGCCGCCCCCCCCCCCGCCCCGCUGAGCUCAACAGCGCGGAUUAGUCCACUAAGAAGCUCGGGGACGCUCAGCACUUUUUUUUUUUUUUUGUCUGGUUAGCUCCAGACGCAGCUUUGUAGCCGCCGCUGCUCCUUCUCCGUCUCCUCAUCCUCCUCGGUCCUCUUUCUUCCUCCCCACGCGGCGAGACAUGGCGAAAGAGAACGGCGACAGGUCGUGGAAGAAACACGUCGACGACAUCAAGAGUGUGUUCGACUUCAAAGAAGUGCUCGGAACCGGCGCGUUCUCCGAGGUGGUGAUGGCGCGCGAGAAGGCCACGGGCAAGAUGGUCGCCAUCAAGUGCAUCCCCAAAAAAGCCCUAAAAGGGAAGGAGACGAGUCUGGAGAACGAGAUCGCCGUGCUGAGGAAGAUAAAGCAUGAGAAUAUUGUGGCUCUGGAGGACAUUUACGAGAGCUCCAACCACCUGUACCUCAUAAUGCAGCUGGUGUCCGGCGGUGAACUCUUUGACCGCAUCGUGGAGAAGGGCUUCUACACGGAGAUGGAUGCCAGUCGGCUCAUCCGACAAGUUUUGGAUGCCGUUAACUAUCUCCACUCCAUGGGCAUAGUGCACAGAGACUUAAAGCCAGAGAACCUUCUCUACUUUAGUCCGCACGACGAGUCGAAGAUCAUGAUCAGCGACUUUGGCCUGUCCAAGAUGGAGGGGACCGGCGACGUGAUGGCCACCGCCUGCGGAACUCCGGGAUACGUGGCGCCUGAGGUGUUGGCGCAGAAGCCCUACAGUAAAGCCGUGGACUGCUGGUCUAUCGGGGUCAUCGCUUACAUUCUGCUCUGCGGCUACCCGCCGUUCUACGACGAGAACGACUCCAAACUCUUUGAGCAGAUCCUCAAGGCCGACUACGAGUUUGACGCGCCGUACUGGGACGACAUAUCGGAUUCUGCCAAAGACUUCAUCAGCCGUCUCAUGGAAAAGGAUCCCGAGAAGAGGUUCACGUGCGACCAGGCUCUGGAGCACCCCUGGAUCGCCGGAGGCACGGCCCUCUGCAAGAACAUUCACGAGUCCGUCAGUCGGCAGAUGCGCAAAAACUUUGCCAAAAGCAAAUGGAGGCAAGCCUUCAACGCCACGGCGGUGAUCCGCCACAUGCGGCGCUUGCAGCUGGGCACCAGCUUCGGCAGCAGCAUCCACAGCGGCGGCGCCGCCUCCGACUCGUCCGGCAGAGCGCCGACCAAGAGUCAGUCGGUGGACUGCGCCCCGCUCGCCAUCCACGAAUGUCCGCCAAUGGGCCCCCUGGCACCCUCCGUCAAAGCGUUCAAUCGGGACUCGGAGGAGGCGCCGGCGCCGUCGGCGGCCGAGCCGGUCGUGCCCCGCCCCUCCACCGUCACGGUCAUCCACACGGGGACUAAAUGACGCCAGGUUCCGCGGGAGGUGAGCUGGGAGACCACAGAGCUUUAAGACGGGCCUCGUCAUUUCAGCGGUCGCCCGGCUCGCCCGUCCCGCCGCCUCCCUUGCAAAUUUUCGGGAGGAUUUUGAGGAGCUCAGCCUGGCGCGCUGAGGAAGCGAGGGGUGAACGCCACUCGAGGUGCUCCCGAAGCCGCAUUUGGGCUGGAAGGAAGUGCACGGAGCGCCACGCUAAAGGGAGUUUUAUUUGUGAUCCGAGCUGCUGUCGGCGUCGUCCAAUCAGAUGCUCCGAUGUAUGCCUUGUGUAAAUAUUCCGCCUGGAGCCAAAUCCUCAAGCUUUUCUUGCGCUGCGCCGAAUCACGCCGACGUCAUCCGCCUUUCGUGUCGGCUCCUUUGACCUUCGCUCUCCACGUCGGGCGCGCCGCACGAAUGUAUCGGGAUGGUUUCUUUUCCGAACGUAAAUACGACCGCUCUGGGCGACUGUGAGUUCUCAGGGAUGUUGCUCGAAGCCAACCAAAUCCCCCACAACAACCCCCGACCGACCGCCGCCGCCGCCGCUCUCCAGCCAACACUGUGCACCGAUUAUUACGCUCACGUGCCAAUAGGACAAUUUGCUUUCUUUCUGUAAAUUGCUCGUCGUUGAUGGUAGACACAACACACGUCAAGUUCAGGAUAUUGAGCUUUUGUGGAACAUUUUCAAUAUGAACCGAAAAUGCACCAUCACCUUCACGGGCGACAUUAAUUUGACUUUGUCCAACUGUUUGUUUUUCUUUCUUUAUUCGUUCACUUGAUGUGAACAUCACAAAAAAAAAAAAAAUAACAUUGUACAAACCAGAUUCAUUGCUCGAAGUGUUUUAGCAUCAGUGCUAAUUCUCAACCCUUUUAGAAGUAGUUCCGAUAUUGAAGUCCCUGUAAAGUAAACACAAAAUGUCUUUCAAAUUUGUCACACCACAGAGAAUGUUGGCAAAUUUGAAUCUAAAGCCAACAGCACUUCCCAAUUACACUUAUUUUUUUUUAAUCUGGAAAAAUGCUUAAGUCUAGUAAGGCAGUUUUUGUUUUGUUUAUGGUUUUUUCCAGCAUCUAAAUUUUCAUGCAAGCAGCUCUGUCCAGCCAAUUCUUUUUUUUUUAUUUUUUUUUUAGGUCAGUUUCCAGCUUCAACGCUUUGGGAAGCAAAUUCCAGAGUCUCACCCUUAACCUUUUAAGGUGAGACUUUUAACCUUUAACCUUCAAACUGGACUGUCCAAAAGAAGUCUUGACAUCGCGGCCGAACCUUUCUGUGACUCUUCCAAGGCGUCGAAGUUGGAAAAAAAAGUACUGAAACCUUCAACUGUUGCUCGUUCAAAAUUUGAAACAAGGUCAAAUGAAGUUCACCUGUAAAGAGCAUUUUCGGCGCGACAUCUCGAACAUUUUGUGAGAAGUGCAACUUGUGAUGUUUCCCUUUAAAAAAAACAAAACAAAUAGGUACUGUAUUCCAGUGACAAACCAUGCAAAAGUGGUUGAGUGUUGCGGUUGAGUCGAUUGUACAGUUCAGUGGUUGUGCUUCUUUGCGUUCAUAGCGGCCUGUUGAAUUUCGCGGAAAGACUCUUUCCUCCGUCCUCCAGUUGUCGCUCUUCUCUCUCGGGAUCUUUCCGCAGGGUCAAGAGAAUGCUCCGCAAACAACACGGGUCGUGGCUCUCGAAUGUCAAAAGUGGAGUUCAUUAAUGGUGCGUAAAGAAUAAGAUUACCGAGCCUCCGUUUGCUGUAAAUACAAAUCUCAAGAGUUUAUUUCUCGAGCUCUGAAUGUUUCUUCUUCUUCUUCUUCUUCUUGUUGUCGUCUUCCCUCAAUGCACCGAAAUUGGGCAAAAAAAUACACACAAAAGCUGUGAAUCCCCCUCCUCCAAUGCAUGUGUUGCAUGUUUUGAUGCAGAAAUGUUGACAUAUAUUUAAAAAAAUAAAAGAAAAAUACAGGAG